AAGCGGCGGGACAGCGUAAGCAGGACGGCAUGGCAUUCCCCGUGUGUCGGACACGCACUGCACUGCAUUAUUGCUCCGGGCCAUGGCAUCAUUACAGCUCUGUUUCGCCCUUACUCCUAGAAAUUCCUUCAAGUGCGUUGAAAUCCCAACGAGCUCCACGGCCAGUGCCACUGCCCUGCCUUCCCGCCCAGUGCCCCCUCACCCCGCCCGUCCCGGUGUUCCCGGCUCUGCAUAUAGGCACAGGCAACGAUACGAAUCCGCAAGCAGCGAAUUGAUCCAGAGCCCAUUUUCAUCCUCCGUGCCGUUUACCGUAAGACCCUCGUUCCGUGCGGCUGUGUGUUGGUGCUGGCCGUGUUGGCACGCCUGCCCCCGGCCAGGCCUCCCUCCCGCCGCGGGUUUGAGGAGCCCUUGGCUGGCUGACACCGUCACCAGCCGUCCAGCCGCAGAACGCCAGUCCGUGCCAAGACGGAGCGACCAGCGGACGUGUCCGCGUCAGCAUGAAACCGAGCAGCCGGCAGCAACUGGAGUAGCAACAACCAUGACAGUCUCGACGUCGAGGAAGCUGGGCCAGCAGCUGGGCCGGAGGGGCUCGCUGUGCGCGCGCCGCGCCGGCGUGUGCGUCGUGGUGGCCCUGGUGCUGUACCUGCUGCUGUCGCCGAGGGCCUACCUGCACCACGAGGAGUACGUCAUCGAGCAGGCAAGGCCCAAGGACGUGUGGGAGUUCGUCUCGGACUUCAGCAACAUGCCCAAGCUGAACCCUACCAUCCUGGACUGGGACCUGCUCUCGGACGCGGGCAACCACGGCGUCUGGAAGUACACGGUGCGGUACUCGGAGCGGCUGAGCGGCAUGCCGUCCCUGACCAACUACGCCACCGCCCACUUCGAGGUGCUGCCCGCCAAGCCCGGCAGCGACUUCAUCAUCCGCUCCACGCACAGCACCUGCUUCUACACCGACUUCUUCUGCCUGCCCACGCUGUCCGAGUUCCGGUUCGCGCCGCGCGAUGGCGGCAUGGCCACCCUCUGCACCGAGAGCAUCGAGUACGCGUGCCCGUGGCUGUUCAGCGGCUUCUGCAAGGAGGAGGUCCACUACCAGCGCAACGCCAUCCGCGAGAACCUGCAGCUCGAACUGUACAGCCAGCAAUAAAGUUCCUACUAGCCUGGCAGUCGCUCCA